AUGACUGGAAUGUCAGAAAUUAAUAAAGAUGAUAUUGCUGAUUUGAAUUCAGCAAAAUCAAAUAAAUCCAUAGACACAAAUGAUGCUGAACAAUCAAUCAAUGAAACUCUGGAAACCAUAGACAUUACCAGAUCUGAUACUGACUUGAAUGAAACCAGAUCCAUAGAAGAUACUGAGAUUGCCACUAAUAUUAAUAUUCGAGAUCAAACAAACGAUGAAAAUAUAGGAAGUAGCGCAAUAAAGGAUUCAGAUGAACCAGAAGACGAAACAAAAUCUGAAAAAAUUAUUGAGGAUGCUAUUACAGAUCCCUCUAAUCAAGAAAAUACUGAAAUUAAAAUUGAUACAAACAAUACAUCUAUUGUUCCAGAAGCACCCUCUUCACCAGCUCAAUCAGAUGACGAAUUGAGUAAUAGAAACCUGGAGAUUGCUGAUAAUGCCCUAAGUAAUUCAAUAACUGCGAUUGAAUCAACAGAUGUAGAAUUGACCAAUACAAUUACUGCUGUAGAACCAGAGAUGAGUCAAACCAUAACAAACACUACAGCUGUAACAGAUGUUGAACAAUCGAUAACUGAUACACAAGAUUCAGUCAUUGAAUCAAACACAUCAACUACUAAUGACAUUGCACCAACUACAGCAACAAUUGAUAUCCAACCAACUAUAUCUACAACUGAAACAGAUAUAGAGCCAAAUGUUGUAACGAUAGAAGCGGAUGCGGGAUUAUAUUCUACCACUACUGAUGCAACUACAAAUGAUACUGAUAAUAAAGAGCCUCACAAAAUAGUAAUUGAAGAAAAUAACAAGAAAAAUAAAGAAAAGAGUACUACUGAUGAGAAUAAAGAUGAAGACAAUGAACUUGAAAAAACUGGAAAACCUGAAACGAAUAAACAAGCAAAAACUAAACCUUUAAAAACAUCCAAAGGUACUGAUCUAAUUAAAGUGGCAAAAUUGGUACAAGAUAGUUUAAUUACUUUACUAUCUGAUAGACAGAUUAAAAGAUUACCAAGCACGAGUAAAGUACUGGAAGCGACAAUUGCAAGACUAGAUUCAGUUAUUAAGGGCGAGAGCGACUCUCACAGUUAUUUGGACUCUAUUUCUGUUUUCGAAUCCUUAAGAUUAUGUUGUAGAGUUAACUCUUCUCAUAUCCAAUCUCAAGCAUUAUCUUGUUUUUCCAAACUAUUCUCAUUUAGAGCUUUGGAUGAAAAAUUGUUAGUUAAUUUACCGGAUGCUAUGGCUUCUGAUGAUCAAAAACCAAAUCAACGUGACAUUUCCACAGGAGUAACACCCCCUCCAAAACAAACAUUAUUAGACGCUUCAAUUAAUGCAAUCUGUGCCUGUUUUGAACCUGAAAAUACUAAACCAGAAGUGGACGUUCAAAUAAUUAGAGCUCUUUCAAAUUGUAUAUUAAUUGAAGAUAAAAGUGGUAUUUGCCAUGGUGCAUCUUUACUAAAAGUAGUUCGAACUCUUUAUAAUAUUUUCAUAUACUCUAAUGAAAUCUCUACUCAAACCAUUGCCCAGGCGACCUUAUCACAAAUUAUAAAUUCAGUUUAUGAUAAAGUUACAAAAAUACUUAACAAAUUGAAUUCUUCAAAUACUAAAUCGAAAGGUAAUAAACAUGAUACAAGUGAAGAGGAUUAUAUUCAUUACAAGAAUAAAGCAUCAGAUGUUGGACAGCCAAACACAAUUACAUUAGCAGGUAUGCAGAAAGUAAAUAGUAAUGAUGACCAAGAAUCUGAUAUUGAAAACAUGAAUGAUAAUCAAGAUUCCAUGUCGCAUGGUUUAACUUCCGAUGAAUUAUUAAUUAAGGAUGGAUUCUUGUUAUUUAGAAGUAUGGCUAAUAAAGCUUCCAAAUCCAUUGGUUCUGAAAUGGAUAUUGGUUCUCAUGAAGUAAGAUCAAAACUCUUAUCACUUCAUGUAGUAUACUCAAUUUUAAGAAAUUAUAUUGAUAUCUUCUUAUCUCAUAAUUUGUUGGUACCUGGCAAAACUGAUCAAUCUUUGUUCGAAUCUGUCAAACAAUAUAUAUGCCUAUUAAUUGCUAGAAACGCUACUUCUCCAAUUGCUCCUGUAUUUGAUGUCACUCUAGAGAUAUUAUGGCUAUUAAUCACUAAUUGUAGAGCAGAUUUAGUCUUGGAGAUUCCUGUAUUUUUAACUGAAUUAUAUCUGCCUAUUUCUGAAUUAACAACAUCUACAGCUCACCAACGUAAAUAUUUCUUAAACUGUGUGAAUCGAAUUUGUAAUGAUCCUCGUGGCCUAAUAGAAUUUUAUUUGAAUUAUGAUUGCAACCCUAACAUGCCAAACAUAAUAGAAUUAAUCAUAAAUUACUUAAGUAAAAUAGCACUUGUAAGAGGGUUGAUAUCAGAAGAAGAAAAAGAAUAUUUUGAAAAAUAUUCCAUUGAUCCUAUGCCUGCCUUUGACAUGAACGAAGCCCCAAUUCUUUCAUCAAAUGGUGACAACAAUAGUGAGAUCCAAGUAGAUCCAACAGAAGAUUUAUCCUUUAUUCAAUUGCAGUAUACAAUGAAAGUAGCUGCAUUAACGUCACUUAAUUCAUGUCUAAGAUCUUUAAAGUCCUGGUCUCAUAAAGGUUUGAAACCACUACCUAGUCUUCCUAUUGACGAUGAUUCUGGAUCUGUUGAUAUAAAAUCUGUUGAAUCAAACUCUAGUGGCUCAAAGUCUGCUAAUAAAACGAAUCAAAAAUCAGUAUCUGAUAGCAAUAAUUCAUUAGUGAUGUCUGAAGACGACUUAAAUCAAUUUGAAAAUUUAAAGCAAAGAAAAACCGAGCUUACAAAUUGUAUUAGAUUAUUUAAUAGAAAACCAAAAAGAGCUAUUCCACAACUGAUUAGUCUUGGCUUUAUUGAAAGCGAUAGCCCUGAAGUUAUUGCUAAAUGGCUUUUAAAAACAGAUGGUCUUGAUUUAGCUAAAGUUGGUGAAUAUUUAGGUGAAGGCGAUGAGAAAAAUAUUCAAAUUAUGGAUGCAUUUGUUAAUACAUUUAAUUUUUCUCAACUAUCUAUAGUUGAUGGAUUAAGAGAAUUCCUUCAAAGCUUCAGAUUACCAGGGGAAGGACAAAAAAUUGAUAGAUUUAUGCUAAAGUUUGCCGAGAGAUAUGUAGAACAAAAUCCUGGAAUAUUUUCAAAGGCUGAUACUGCAUAUGUAUUAGCUUAUUCGAUUAUCAUGUUAAAUACAGAUUUACAUUCUAAACAAAUUAAAAGUCGAAUGACCUUAAGUGAAUUCAUCGAAAACAAUGCCGGAAUUGAUAAUGGAAAUGAUCUACCAAAGGAAUUUCUUGUUAAAGUAUUUAAUGAAAUUGCUAAGAAUGAAAUUAAAUUAUUAUCUGAACAAUAUGAAGCACUUGUAUCCGAUGAUGGUGCAUUAGUUCAAGAAUCUUAUUUUACCUUGUUUGGAUCAACCAAUCUACAAAAGAAAGCGUACCUUCAAGUAUCUAAAGAAAUAGCAACAAAAACUGAAACUGUUUUUAAGGAAUUGAAAAAAGGCAAUUCAGUUGAGAAUGCAAAUGUUUUUUUUACCGCAUCUCAUGUAGAACAUGCUAAAUUAAUAUUUGAAAACAUUUGGAUGUCUCUAUUAGCAACUUUUACAUCUCCAUUUAAAGAAUGCGACGAUGAUGUUAGAAUCAACGAUUUAUGUUUAGAAGGGUUGAGAUUGGCAAUUCAUCUAGCUACUCUUUUUGAUAUUGAAGAUGCCUCUAUUGCUUUCAUUGCUGCCUUAGAGAAUUUUUGUAAUUUACAAAAUCCAGAAGAAAUUCAUAUUAAGAAUGUCAAAGCAGUUGUAGUGUUAUUAAAAGUUGCUUUAGCUGAUGGUAAUUAUUUAAAAAAUGCAUGGAAAAAUGUCUUCAUCGCCAUUUCUCAAUUAGAAAGAUUACAAUUAAUUUCUAAAGGUGUUGAUAAAACUACAGUUCCUGAUAUCGCUCAUGCACGUAUAUCUAAUCCCUCUAAUAGUACCGAACUUGUACCUUCAGGCUAUGGUAGUUAUUUCAAUCUAUUUUCUAAAAGACCCACUCCUAUUGAAUUAGCUCAAGAGAAAUAUUAUAAUCAAGAAUUAAAACCUCAAAUUGCUGAUUUGAUAAAGUCUAGUGAAGUUGUAUUGUUGAUGGAUAAUAUAUUUACUAAGAGUUCUGAAUUAUCUGGUGGUGCAAUUGUUGACUUUAUUCGAACACUAACUGAAGUAGCUUUAGAAGAAAUUGGCUCGUCUCAAAAUACUUCUACACCAAGAAUUUUUUCAUUACAAAAAAUGAUCGAUGUUUGUUAUUUCAAUAUGGAUCGUAUUAGAGUAGAGUGGACUCCUAUUUGGGCGGUAAUGGGAGAAACGUUUAAAUCUAUUGGAACAAAUACCAAUCCAAGUGUUGUAUUUUUUGCCCUAGAUUCAUUACGUCAAUUAUCAAUGAGAUUUUUAGACAUUGAAGAAUUUAAUGGGUUUGAAUUUCAGAAUGAUUUCUUGAAACCAUUUUGUUAUAUAGUCGAGAAAAAUAAAAAUAAAGAUGUUCAAGAAUGGAUUAUAGAAUGUUUCCAAAAUUUCAUUUUAAUUAAGGCACAUAAAAUCAAAUCUGGGUGGAUACCAAUAUUACAAUCCUUACAAAUCUGUACAACAAGUACCGCAAAAUCAGUUGUUGAAAAGACGUAUAAAUUAAUUGAAAAUGUUGUGUUGAGACAACACUUUGGUGAUAUCAUUAUCCAUGAUGAUGCAUUUAUUGAAUUAUUGAAAGUAUUUAGUGGGAUUGCCAAAAAUUCAAGAUAUCAAAAAUUUUCAUUACAAGCUUUAAAGACAUUACAAAAUAUUACAAAAGUGGUAGCUAAAAUUUCAUUUGAUAGUGAAAAUUAUGAAAAUGUUAUUAAAGAAACUGAUACAAAUUCCAAAGAAUGUGAAACAAAUGAUAAUCAAAUAAAAGAAAAUGAUGAAAAUAUGAAUGAUGUUGAAAAUUCUAAUGAUGGUGUGCAAGUUACAAAAAAUGGGGGUGAAGUCCCAGAGCCAAAAUCUAAUAAUGUAGAAGAUACUACUGAUAAAGAAGUUACAAAAACAUUCCAAAUACCCAAUCGCACUACUAAUAGAAGAAGACAGAGCAAAUCUGGUCUUUUCCUUUCAGAUCUCAAACCAUCAACGAAAGCUGUCUUAAAGACUAAAAAUAUCCAAAAUACUUUAUGGUUCCCAGUAUUUUCCGCCUUUUUCGAAAUCAUCAUGCAAGCUCAAGAUUUAGAAGUACGUUCUGGUGCAUUAAACGAUAUGUUUGAUGAUUUAGUAGCACAUGGUAUUUAUUUCUCUGAAGAAUUUUGGAGCCGAAUUUGUAAUGAACUUCUAUUCAAGAUCUUUGAUAUUUUAUCCCCUGCUGAUGAGUCCAAGGGUAUAGAUAUGAUGAACAAUCCAUCUGAGAGCGUUUGGUUAUCUACUACUUUAAUUCAAGCAUUAAGAAAUAUGACAGCUUUAUUCAAACAUUAUUUCCAACAAUUAAGUUCAUCAUUAGAUGGGUUUUUAAAUCUUUAUGUUAAAUGUAUCUAUCAAGAUAAUGACACAAUUGGUAAAAUAGGUAAAACAUGUUUUGAACAAUUAAUUUUACAAAAUAAGAAAGAAUUGAAUGAUGAACAAUGGGGAAAAAUUGGUGAUAUUUUUAUUAAAUUAUUUAAAUUAACUACUGCACAUGAAUUAUUUGAUGAAGAUCCAUUAGGUCUUAAGAAAAAGGUAAAAGAAGAAGAUGUAGAACAGAAUUUGGAGAAAGCUCGAUCGAAUGAUCAACGUGAAGAAAAGGUUGAGGAGAAAUCUGAAGAGAAAAUUGAUGAUCAGAAGGAAGAUGAAACAGAACAGUCUAAUCAAACUAAGUCAACCCAAACUGACAAAGAAGUUUCCAAUGAAGAAUCAAACUUACAAGAAAAAUCAGCUGAAGCUAAACAAGAUAAAUUAGAUGGAACUAACUCAAAUGAAGAGAAUUCCACUCAAUUGAAACAAGUUUCCAAACUCAAAGAUAAACAACCUUCCAAAUCGAAAGAAUUAGAAGUGAAAAUUCGCAAAAGUUUACAAUUGACUCAUCGCAAGAAUAGUGAUAGUGUAGAAAUAGCCAAUGGUGAACGUACUGCUAUUAAAUUAGAUGAAGUGAUCAAGAAAGUGAAUUUGAAAAAUUCUAUCAUUAUGAAAUGUGUAUUGCAUUUAUUAUUGAUCGAAUUAAUCAAUGAUGUAUUUGAACAUAAAGAAAUCUUCCAAUAUAUGCCUUUCAAAGAAGAACAUAAAAUCAUGGUCGGUUUAAAAAAAUCUUUUGAAUUUUCUCAUGAAUUCAAUAACAAUGAUAAAUUAAGACAAAGACUGGUCAAUAACCGUAUUUUGAACAAAUUACCAAACUUAUUAAGGCAAGAAACAAGUUCCAGUUUAACACUAAUCAAAAUAUUGUUCAAACUAUAUGCUUAUCAUGAUGAAUUGAAAUUAUCUAAAAAUGAAACGGAAAAUGAAAUGGAGAAAGAUAUCAAUACCAAUGGCAAUUUGAAUCUCCAUAUCAAUUUAAAGAAGGAACAAUUAGCUGAUUCUUUGAUGGAAAUCAGUCGGAUGAUCUUAAACACUUAUAUCCAAUUGGACGAGCAAACGAUGAUCAAGAGUGUAAGAACAUGGAAACCUGUCAUUGUGACAAUCAUUAACGGUUAUAACAAAUUCAACGAGAUAGAUUUCAAACAACACUCCUACGAGAUGUACAACUAUGUGUUACAAAUCAUGGACAAAGAUAUGUCCAACGAAAUGAAUCAAGCCGUAAAGGAAUUCUUGAAGACUGUGGGGAAUAUAUAUAUGUAA